AUGUCGUCGAUUGCGCUACAUGUCGCCCGCCGCAUGCCCUUCACCACGACCCACCACCACCACCCAAAACUUAUGCUACGGGCGCUCUCCAGCUCCACCCACAGCGCUGCUGGCUUCUCGUACCCCGGGGCCCGUUCCCUCGAUCAACUCGUCAAGCUCGAGCUGCUGAAGUCCGAACCGCCGUGUGAAAUCCGCCGCAUCUGGAAGACCUUCCACGCCGACAAGCGCGACGCUGUGGCGACCACACUCGAAGCGUCGGAGUUCCAUCACCUCACGGCACGAGCCGAAGCUGCGCCUUAUUUGAUCCUGCCCGUGUACCGGCGAGCAGGUUACUUCAACAUGUUGAGCCAAUUCCAGCAGUCGUGUUUCCUGGUCACGUACUUGGAAGCCUUCAAGGCAAAUGCAAGCACGGCACCUCCUUGUGUAGCCAUUUCGUUGUACGACCAUUUGCUCAAGGACAAGGACUUGACGCUGAUUCGUGCGGACGUGAUCAACAUGCUGGACAGAAACGAGUCGCAGCUCUUGAUGCAGCAACUACUUGCUAGUUACCAGCACGACGAGAUCUACGACCACGUGGACAAGUUUAACAACAAGCCGGACGCAUUCGACUUUGAAGCGUAUCGGCUGCUGCUAAAGGACAGCAGUGAGCAGCACUCGACAAAGGGGUAG